CCUCAACCACGAGCAUCGUCAGUGUUCAGCUUGCAGGAUGUUCGCAAGUAGCAGAGCGGCUCCCAGUGACCAAUGAUUGGCUGUUUGUUGCCGCCAAGCUUUGGGCACCGUCAUUUCGCUUAGCAAGUUUCAACUUCCACGCAGCUUAGGGCAGAUGGUUGGUUCCUCGGGUUCCCUGCGACUCGCUCGCGAACCCCGGCAUCUGCCUGUUUGCGCUUCCUGCGCUCCUACCGCCUCACUGCCAAUCGAUACAGGAUGGCAGCUGAUGUUGCAGACCGAGACAUGAGGAGGGCGCGAAGAGGUCACAACGAACCUGACGAGCAACUGGUCAGGCCUGAUCGGUCCAGCCACAAACGGCGCCUUUCUGCCAAAGACGACGAAGAAGACGAAGAGACAAACCACCGGCGAAAGAGCCUCAGAAUUCAAGAGAUCCUCAACAAGCAACAUCAAGCCUCCCUACACAGCGAAAAAUCCAAACCAUCACGCACAAGCCCGCGACCACAAGAGAUACAAGACGUGAACAAACGGCAAACCGCAAGAGGAGGGACCCAGACGAGGUCAUCCCCUGAACCAGUUGAAACACAAGGACAGAGGCAGGAAGUAAAGCAAUACCACAGCCCCAAAGAGAGAAACGAAGGCCAACCUACAGCCUCAUUCACGAACCCAGCAGCACAAAAGAGCAAACGGCCACGUCCUGUGAAUGACGGAGACGAAUCAAACCACGACGCGAAACGCCUGAGACACUGCUCAGUGCAAGAGAUUACUUCGAUACCGCAGCCUGAUCAGACCUUCGACGAGGAGCACAUACCUCGCAAACGACCCGCUGAAUCUACCGGUGAAGAUAGUAGAAAGAGGCGUCGAAGCCAGGUUUCAGAGAUACCUCGAUCUGUCGCUACUUGGCUCGAGAGUCUACCGACUUCAUCACAAGAGUUUGAAGACAUGAGUCAGACCCAGUCAAAGAGGCCACGUUCACCAUCAGAGAGCAGCGAGAGAAAUUUACAGUCAGACAGUGAAACAGACACCACAGUCUCUCGAAGCAGAAAGUACUCGACUUAUGAAAAUUCACGAUACGAUGCAGUGCUCGAGAGCAAGAACAGUUUCAUGUAUGACUCUAAAGCAGGACCUCUCUCAGAAGAAUUAGCGUUCAGCAAGACACUCUUCGCCAGGACCCGACCUGUCCCUAGCGAUCCCGCGUUUCAAGAGCAACGACUGUCACGUUUCCUGGGACUAUUACGUGGUCGCUCUGAGCUGUCGGUCUGCAUCCUUCUACAUUCACGCCUUGUACCUUCAGCGGGAUAUCUGUCCUUAUUCGAACCUUCAAAAUUUGACGGUUUAGUCGAUGGAUAUAACGAAUCUUGGAACCAAGCGAUCAUCUUCUACGAGAAGCUCCCGCAGCCAGAUCACUCAGUGGCAUAUCGAAGCUCAGUACUCACCGACCAAGAACGCCGCAAACUGGAUAUUCUCCCUAAUGUGAGUUCCCUUUUUACCGGACGAGAAGGAACAUGCUUUCCCUUCUUCGCCUGCGAGGUAAAAUGUGGUAAGCAAGCCCUGGACAUAGCCGAUCGAGCCAAUACAAACAGCAUGACAAUCGCAUUACGGGGUGUGGUUGCACUGUAUCGCCGUGCAGGUCGUGCGAUAGAUGUCCAUCGCCGAUUUCUAGGCUUCUCCAUUGCUCACGACGACGGGAAUGUUCGGAUCUAUGGCCAUUAUCCGGAAAUUGAUGGUGACAAAACCAGUUAUUACCGACAUCGCAUUGGAGUAUAUCAUGUCGAGCAUCAAGAUGGUAUGGAGAAGUGGACAACGGAUACCUUCGUGUAUAAUCUCUACUCGAAAUUUGCUCCUGAACAUAUCAAACGAAUCAAGAAGGUCAUCGGCGAGCUUCCUGACCCUCUGUCACAAUCCUUCGGUUUGAACAACUCUCAGCCUGACUCUCAAGAAACUCUCUCGACAGAACUGAGGUCGCAACUAGAAUUUCCCAAGCCCGAGAUGCCACAAGGCCGAUUCACAAAGGCACGGAUGAUGCUACACAUUCAGCAGCUGUCGACGCUGUCAGAGCAACGGCAAAAAGAGCUUGUAGUACAAAUGGAGCAACAGCGCAAAGAUUCCGAGCAACGACAAAAAGAGCUUUUAGUACAAAUGGAGCAACAGCGCAAAGAUUCAGAGCAACAGCGCAAAGAUUCAGAGCAACAGCGAAAAGAUUCAGAGCAACGACAAAAAGAGCUUAUACUACAGCUGGAGCAGCAACAACGGGAAGAGCGAAAAGACCUUUGGCAAAUGCUAAAGCAAAGGGACGAGCAAUUAGCAGAGCUUAUGAAGGGACGAUGAAGUGGUGCCAUUCAAGGACCGUCUGGGUCCUCGUGGCACGCUCUAGAAAAUCCCAGACAGUCGAGGACCUAUAGAUGGAUGGUCAUGCAAAGGACUCCAGGUCUAUCGGCAUCCAAACCCAAUACUGCUGGACCUUUCCAAGGGAAUAAUGCUUCCCCUGCCCCGGCUUUCUCAGCUCCGGGGGACACUCGGCGAAUUGGAUGAUGGCCUCAUGACGAUGCAAGGGAACCUGCGCUUUUCAAUGGGCUACCCAAUGGAUUUGGUAACGACGGCUUCCCGUAUGAAUAGCGACAUGAUCCUCUACAUUGAUGAGCCAGCCAAGCGAAUUUUCUCACCGGGGCAACCAAGGUAUCAGCCAGGACCAGGGACAAGGUAUGACACAGAAUUGACUGGGAACAGGGCAGAACGGGGCUAAUAGCGACAUACCUGGCUCCUUUUCCGAGCUAAGCUGCGUUGCUUGUCAGUGUAGCUGGCGUUGCUCACAUCGUAAAUUGUAUCCGCGAGGAGGCAGUCUUUGUGAGCGGAGGAUAUCGAUAAGUCACAGACAGCAAAUUGAUUGCUUUCGGUCGCAGAUGAGGCUUUCAUAAGCCUCCUCCUUGAGCGUUGAUGUAUUGCGUUGAUGUAUUGUCCAUUCCAGCAGCUCUCAACGAUAGUUCUGCAGAAAAGGCCCUCUGAUGGAGGUAAUUCUUGUGGAUUUGGCCACUGCAUGUCAUGCUCCUUAUCGAAGAAGUAAUAUGUAUGUACGUGUCAAACAGCGUAUCGAAUGGAUUAACC